CAUCCAUCACUCACUGCCAAAAUGGAGGAGGAUGCAGUGGUGGUCUCAGAUGAACUGCGUGAAAAAUAUAUUUGCAGCUAUUUCUCUCAAACAAAUCGAUUGAAUAAGUCUAUUCUAACCCAGGAAAAGUCUUUAGCUAAGUAUCUCGGCGAUCGUUGGAGUGACCUGCCGCAAGAUCGUCGGGAUCUGCUCUUAGAUUUUUUACUUGUUGAUGAUGAAGUGAGGGGACAGUAUUCUCAAAGCUCACAAGCCCAAGAUGUUGCGGGACAGCCGUCGUCUGCUGUUGAAGUACAAGAAUCGUUUCCAAGACUUUUUACUAAUUCAGGCCAAAAGAUCAAUGUUGACUUCGAAAGUGAUCUGUGGACCUGGAGGGAUGAACAUUCUGGACCAUUCUCGUGGUACUCCAGGAGUCAGCAAGACUUGACAUUAAUGGACCUGGAGCCGGACAACGUCUCCAAACCCCAACCCAAGACUGCCCGAGUGGACACAGAGGCGGAAGAGAACGUGAAGAAAGCCGAGGCUCAGUUUGGCUACCCCAGCAGCUCAUGGUGCCACGACGUGAUCAGCGAGUACAAGAAGCAUGAGCGAGAGGUCUCCGUGUCCCCCACCACUUCCAUGAACUUCUCCGCUGCUGCUAGGGUGGAGGCCAAGCCCGAAGAAGUCAACCCAGCGUUUGAAGGAAGCUGCGAGGAUUUACCAGCAACAGCAGACAGCGCUCAGGCUGUAGAAAAGGAAGGGCAGACAACUGCUUGUAACUCGGGUCCAGAGAAGAAAGGCAGGGGCAGAGACAGAAACAAGAGGUCGCCAUCCCCUAAGAAAAUACUGCGCUCCGGCAGUGUGAAAAAGUCUCCAUCUCGGAGUGGUGAGCAGCAGCUGAUCAGUAGGGAAGAUGCUGAUGCGGACGACAGUCAGCACGCCUUUAGCAACCCUGUCAUGGAGUCAGAAUGGUCUACAUUUGUCGGAGAUGGAGGCCAGGAGGCGUACUCUUCUCCUGAGCCUGUUGCCAUGGUGACCACGGCGCCAGAAGGCAUGAGCAUGGAGCGAGGUGCUGAGCCGUACUGUGACUCUCCCUACAGGGGAGAUCAGGAUUACCUCUUGCAGCAUUCCGAGUCUCCGUCGCUGAGGAGUACGGCAGCGGCCACGAGCUCCACACAGCUGUCGCACAACUGGUCGGAGGAGAGCACGCCGGACCACAACACUCACCUGCUGAAAGGGUUACAGUCCCCAGUGCGCCAGUCCACUGCACUUGGCCACAGCUCGCAGUAUGUGGUUGGUCUGCCCCUGGAUCUGGGCGGGGCACCGGGAGAGUCGACAGACACAGACCCCAGUGGUGGGGGGGAGGUGGAGGAAGUGCUACGAGUGGAGAAGGAAGGGGAGAACUUUGUCCUUACGUCAGAGGUCCAGAACAAACGAGACAGCAGCGAUUUGCCAAAGACAGGAUUCGACUUCUUGGAUGACUGGUAGUGUGGAAGGUUUCACUUGAACUGCAGCAUUUUUUUUUCCUUUUUGUGACUUGGCAAUCAAGAGUUUCUGCAAAUGACAACUUUUUGUGGUUGGUGUGUGGUGAAGCUGGUCUACAGAUCUGAAUGUCGGUGAUUGAUAAAGCAGAAACUUCUUUCACUUACUUAUUUUGUUAAUAUAUUCUUUAUUUAUUGAAGCACACUCGAUCAAAAACAGAUUUCGUCAUUCUCGCUGUGAGAGGGAGCACCAGGAGGAACAUGAUGCCAGGGAAAUGGAAGAGACGUACUCCUGUGGGGGUGUCAUGUUUGUUUGUUAGAGUGAAAAGAAGUGCAAAGAUACAAUUAUUAUUGUGUUUCUGUCUUAGACAAGUUUGACUGUGUUCAUAUAUAUAGAUACAUGUUUUUCCCCCCCCAUGAAACGCAUUGACCUUCCCUAUGAGCUGUGUUCGGAAAAAAGAAGAAUGGUAGAGCUGUGUUUUUUUACUGUUGCCAGGCAACCAUAUGUCUUAUUAACUUGGAUUGCCAAUGAAUUCUCCAAUGACUGGAAUUGGCAUUUUAUAAAUAUAUUCAAUUUUUGUAUAUUCACAAGUCUUUGAAGUAAGUACUCAGCAGUCAGUAUACACAUCUUCUUCUGUUUUUGGCACAAUUUUUAAGAGAGGAAGAAAGACCCAAAAAUUAUACUGUGCUAUUUUAUUGCCCGUGCGUGAGCCAGUAACUAAUACUGGGACUAUGGUGUGACCAGUUGUGUAUUUUCUUUCAAUUUAUGUGUAUCUUCAUGACGACAAGUGUUCGGUACCAGAAAUCAAUACAAGCUCUCAUUUGUCCCUGUACUUUUGGUCAGUGGUGCGGUAGAAGAAUGAGUCCAGUAGAAUGAAAUGUGCGGCUUGGAGAAAUAAGGCUGCUUUUGGCACGUACUAAACAGUUUGUCUUUUAACCAGCCUUGAGUAUGCAUCUUAAAAAAUUUUUCUCUCCCUCACAAUAUUCAAUAUCGCUUUCAAACAAGGAGUACAAAAAUGUACUCAUUGGGCUGGAAUAAAUUUUUCAAUAAGUAAAUCAAGACCAAAAAAAAAGGAGUUUGAAGUUGAAAUAGCUUGAAGUUGAAGUUCUUGGUAGAUUUACUUGUAAAUAAAUCGACGUAUGAGGAAAGUUAAUGAACUCUUCCAGUGAAAAUGUUGUGUGAAUAUGAUGACAUUAUUAUGUUCCCUUUUGAACAUGAAUAGACCUAUACCACUGAAUAUCAUAUAUAUAAUAUCAAUUUAUUCUCAAUCCUCUGUGGCAGGUUUAAGUCAACUUUGAAGAAUUAGAAGGUCACCUUUCGAAAUCCAUUCUUUUCUUGCAUUGUUGGUGUAAAUGUUCAUUAUAAGUUGCUGUCAGGAGUAAUUGAAAUGAAUGAAAUGUUUUAUGCCCCAUCGAUACAAUUUAAAUUAUUUCAGAGACAGGCUACUUAGACCCUGCCCGUCAGGGCUAAUCCGGGCUGAGUAGGAUACUGUGUUUCAGCAGAAAGAUGUAGAUGCUGGAUUUUAUAACUUCCCCAUGUGGCAUUGAAAUGAAUUUCUUCUGUAUGCAAUGUCAAAAAGCCUGACCUUUACAAUACUGUACCAUUGUCACAGACGCCAGUGUAUCAGGACUGGGAAGCAAGUGCUGAAACUGUGAACUAGGUACAGUUUCUGUGGUAGUGGUAGGCACCUUCUUACAGAGUCAGUCUGCAAAAUGCUCAUGUGAUUCUCUGCAAGUCCUGUCUUUGUUUCAAUGAUCUUGUCCCAUGCAUGUUUACUUGUAAGUGACAUCACAUUUCCUGUAGCAGUAAUGAGGAAGUGGCAUAGUGAACUGAAGAAUAUUGACCCAAUUACAGGCAUUGUUAUAAUAAUGCAAGGGAAAAACGAGUCUAACAGACAGAAGCAAGUAAAGGAGAAGAAAGAUGAUCUCUUGAAAGUCUUAUAAAUUCAUUGCCUCUUAAUGGCAUAAACUAGGUUUAAUUUACUCCAUUUAUUCUUCAGUAGACAUGCACAUUGUAACUUCCAUGUAUCAAUUUUGUUGUGAGUGUGUGCCUUGGUGUAAAUGUUGACUAGAGGAACUGUCAGAAGGG